AUGGACGGACAGGACACUGGCGCUCUACCAAAGCCCAAGCCCAAGCCAAAAAGGUUCAUUCCGGUGCCCCCGGAGUACCGUCGCCUCACUCAUACUACAGAACGCGAGCUCAUCGUCAACGAGAUCAAGAUCAACACUGGCUGCGAUGUCAUCCCCAAAUGGGACGCUGGGUAUAUCACUCAGUUCGCCAUUGCUGGACAAGGUGCAGGCGUUGAGAAAGCCGUCCGAUACAUCAACCACUGGAUCUCUAACGCGCAUAUCAAGUCAAAAGACUCAUCAUCAUGGGCGAAGACACCUGCAUUCGAUCAUAACAAAUGGUACUACGACAGCAUUGAAGAGCGAGAGCGUCAGCGGAAGGACGAAUUCAAGGGCAAGGCGCCUGAGGUGUCAAAAGGCGAGAUGCCACUGGCGAGCAUCAUCGUGUGCUGGCCGGAGGACCUCCUCAACGAAGCCCGCGACAUAGCGCGCAUCGAAGCGGCCGAAGCGCAUCUCAUGACAAUGAUCGACAAAGUCAAAGCUGAUGCUAUGGGACUGCAGCAUGUAAUCAACAUGAUUCUUGAUGAAAAAGAGGGCUUGGAGGUUGUUCUGGAGGAGGCUGACGCGUGGUGGCCGAACCUUCAAGAUCGAGUCGUACCUCGCCUCCUCUCCAGUGGGAUGAUGGAAACCUCCGGCAGCUUCCGCAAUGAGAUCAUGCACUUCACGCAGCUUUCAAAGAUCCAGCAUUCAAUUCAGCUGGCCCUUGAAGCUGUGCGCCACACGAAAGGCGCGUACGAUAUGGCUAUUCGGCUAGGGUGCCUGGCUCUGAGCUCAAGACAUAUCAAGGAGGAUAAGAUUGGCCAGAAGUUCGGGAAGGAUAUCUUCUUGAAGUCGAUUAACGGACCUGUUACAGUUGAGAUAAAGAAGUGGCUUGCUGAUGAUGCACUGGGUUCGCAAAUUCUGGGAGCACUCUGCACGUCCGAUGAAUUCUUGGAGCCCACGAAGUCUUCUGCCUACUUCGGUUAUACGCCACAAUCGCUGCAAGGCACUCGUCCAAUGUUCCGAGGAACGUGGGUGUUCACAGACCCCAGCAGCGUUGUUGCCCCACCGCGGGAGCCGGUAGCUGUGCGCCAUGCUGGACGUCCUAAAGCGCCUCCCCAAGCUCCUGCUAGUACAACCACUUCAUCUGUAGCGCCGCAGUCCGAACUCAUCGUCGUUCAGGUCGACUGGACUGAUGACGAAGAGGGCUUGUACGAGAAGACAACAACCCGGUUCUACAAGAUCGAUCAGGGUCGUAAAACACCAAAGAAGAACAUGGAUAUCAAUCUGCUGGAGCUUGGAGAGAGUCGAGGAUGGCACUUCGCCCUUGAGUCCUUGAUUCCUGUGGCAGCGAAGAGCAUAUCGCCUGUCAUAACUGGCUUCGCUGAUCGAGUCAAGAUGAGACCCAACCACGAUUAUCGUUCCACCGAAAGCUUCGCUGAGUGGGAUCAGACACCUACCGUCAAGAAGCACCUACGGAACGGCCGUCUGGAAACUAUAUACUCCUUCGGCAUCAAGCAGACCUGCUACAAGGUUGAGGCUACUUGUAUGUGGUACCCAGGACAGAGACUUCCCGUCUGGGGUCUCUGUGUCCGCCACUCUGAAUGGGCUACCCAUCUUGCUGAGCUUGAGCGUCUCCCUGUGGGUCGAAAGGCCGACUGGGGUCACACUGUGGCUACCUUCCUGCCGGAUGACGGACAGUCUUGCUACUCCAGCGCGGUUGAGGACGAGGACUUCGGAAUGAGGAACCUCGAUCUGGGCCCUGGCGUUGAAGCACCACCACGCGAUGGUAUCCGCAUCCUCAUGGACAAGCUGCUUCAGGUAUCAGCCAUCGUCAGUUCUGUCACAGACAUGGGAGGCGUCGCUAUCUAA